UAUUACGGUAACACUGGGAGUGACGCUGUGCCUUAGCGACACAAUGAAGUAGCGGUGUAAAUAACGCCUGCAGAUGAAACAGCAUUAUUUAGUUUCUUGUAGAAUUAGAAAUUGCAGUCUUAAAUGGUUGUGGUGUUUCGGUUUCGACUCGUUAAGCGGUGAACAUCUUUGAAGUAACUCGCUAAAUUGUUUAGUGGUUGCUUAGUGAGACUGAAACCUCUCAGCUAGCUAACCUCCUUCAGCAUUGAACUGUAGUAUAUCACAGCUAUCAGCAAGUCUGCGCCAUGGAGUUUCCUUUUGACAUUAAUCAGUUAUUCUCUGAGAGGAUCUCCAUUCUGGACCAGAAUCUUAUUGCAAGUCGCCAAUCUAAAGAAAAGCCAGAUCUCCGGGUCAAAAUUGCAACAGUUCUUGAUGAACUUGGGAAAGCCUCAGCAAAGGCCCAAGACCUCCCAGCUCCUAUAACAAGUGCUUCCAAACUGCAGUUCCAGAAGCAUCAGCUGUACCUGAUGAAGGACGGAGAGAGCAGCCGAGGACGAGGUGUGGUUGUGGGAUUUCUGAAGGUUGGCUACAAGAAAUUAUUUCUGCUUGAUCGAAAUGGUGUGCACAUCGAAGUAGAGCCACUCUGUGUUUUGGAUUUCUACAUUGCAGAAAACUUACAGCGACAUGGCUAUGGGAUAGAACUAUUCAAUUUUAUGUUACAGCAUCAGAACGUGGAGCCAGUGUUGUUGGCAUAUGACAGACCUUCCACCAAAUUGCUGGCAUUCCUGGCUAGGCAUUACAAUCUGAGGCAGAGCGUUCCUCAGGUCAAUAACUUUGUUGCCUUUGAGGACUUCUUCCACAAAAGAGCAGUGUCCCAGUUGAGAAGAGUAAAAAAGUCUGAUGGAGAUAUUAAGCCUUAUUCUUUAAUGGAAAGAGAAGAGGUACGCCAAGAGCAGAGGACACUUCCUUGGCCAUUUGCUGCUCCUCUGUCCCCUCACAGCUCAGUAUCUUCACAGUGCUCCCAGUCUCCCAGUGCAGGCUCUUCUCCCAGGAGGGUGCUUCCAUGUGUCACACAUCCAGCGUUUGCUGGAGACAGCAGGGAGCAGAGCCCACAUUCACCUCUGAUGGACUGCUGCAGGACAAGACGUAGCAAUAGCGAAAAGGGUUUAGUUGCCAGAUCCAGCCUGUACAGUCGACACAUGGACAUCAGACAUGCUGGACUGUUGGACAGAAGGUCAGGUCGGACACCAAUGGGAGAUGAGACAUAUGCACUGGGCUGGAAAAAUGGACACAGAGCCCAGCCUGGCCUGGCAGCACCGCCUGGACCUCAGAGUGAUGAUGUUUACAGCCUGACUACCACAGAUGGCACAAAGAAGCACCUGGAUUCAGCCACUGAGGCCCAUGCAACUUCAGAGGAGACCAAAGUGUUGGACAAUAAACAGAGCUCAUCUGAAGGCAACUGCAAACCUCUGGAGAAAGAUAAUACCUUUCUGCCCAUGACCAGUCAGACAGACUGGUCAUGGGCAGUGGGAGGAAACUACUCCACUGCGCAAUGGGUCAAGCAGAAUCAGGUUUACAGAAGCACCCGCCCUUGGUGAUCAGGAGCAUCUAACAUGGAUGACCAAGAUAAACACAGUAGCCACACAUGGAUUAGCCGGACUGCGGUAUUAAAUCAAGCAGAAUGUUCCAAACCAAUGUUUCUGAGUUGGUUGUUGACUGUGGAGUGCAGUUCUGAAUCUGUGAUAACUGAACAGCCACACUUCCAUCAUACUGUACUGUAACAGUUUUACUUUACAUUCAAUUUCAGUGAAGCCAAAAUACUUGAGUCAUUUGUUGUUAUUGGAACGCCACAGUUUCCAAUAACCUGACAUCGAGGGGAAAAUUUCACUAAAUCCACUGGUCAGUCUGGUGUCACGUUAGGACUCCAUGGUAGCACACUUAGUAGCCCUGUUGUUUAGCAGCAAGAAAGUCCUGAGUUCAAAUCCCUGCGGUUCUUUCUGCAUGGAGUUUACAUGUUCUCCUCUUACAUGUGUGGGUUCUCUCCAGGUACCCCAGCUUCCUCCCACAGUUCGCAAACAGGACCAGAAUGCUGGAAUAGAAAACUCUUUAUUGAAUUCAUGUGUACCAGCAGCAAGCUAAAGGUAAACGGAAGUGUGCCAAUUCAAACUAAGGCCAGAAAGUAUUAUAAUUUUUUCUUAUUAAUUUAUGAAUUACACCAACUGCUGCUUCUAAAUUCUCCUUAAUUGUGAAUUUGUGCGUGUAUGAUUAUAUGCCUUUGAUGUGGUCAGAGUAGGACCAGUCUGUCAGACUGCCCAGGGCAGCUGUGGCUACUAUGUAGCUAACCACCAUCAGUGUGUGAAUGUGUGUAUUAAUUGGUGAAUGACUGACUCCAGUGUGAAGUCCUUUGUAAUUAUCAGACUUUACCAUUUGCCUCGCCUCAUGCCCAUUGACCCAUAUGCGUAAAUCCCGGGAGAAUCGGGGGAUUCCCCCAAUCUUGGAAAAGUCUAGAACUGUCCCCCCCAAAAAAAAAUCAUUGAAGAAAAUAAAAUAUUUUUCUAUAUAAACCCUGGUGCUUUAAAUGUUACGUUUAAUUAUAUCUCCCAGAUAUUCAAUUCUAUCUACCUGUUGGGCAUGGCAAAACUAAAAAAGGCUUUAAAAUAAAGCAUAAGUUAUAUGAAGUUAUAAUUUAAAUAGCCCGUAACUUGUAUUGGGAGCCAUUUCAAUAAAUCAAUGUUCCUGAGGAAUUUUAAUAGUUACUCAUUGAAGCUUUUUUAUUUAGAACCUUAAAAUUUUGUAAAGGUGUAGCAGAGAUUAGAUCAGUGAGAUUGAAGAAAACUCGUAUAGAAGCAACAUUUGAGUUUUAGUUUUAUUUCUCAAUAGGUUGCUUACUGAGAAAAAUACGUGUUUGAUGUGCAUUACUAGUCAUUUUUGGUCCUGCAGCUUGAAUGUGGUUUAAAAACUCUGUAAACCACAUUUUACGUUACAUUUCACUGUAACUUUGGCGACCCCCCACCCCAAAAGUGGUCUUAAGAAAUUUUCCUGUUUAUGGUCCUCCCCAAUAAUGAGAUGGGAUCUACGCCUUUGCCAUGACCUCUGGAUGGUACCUCAUCAGCGACUGUUAAACAGCUUUCUCCAAUGCUCCUGACUCAGUGAGUCAGGUAUUGUUGGUAAAUCUUUAUUGGGGUUAUUAGUGUGGAUUUGUUUCCCAAUUCUUUACAUUAUUAAUACAAAACCACAAUAUUUGCAUUGUUAGGUUUAUUUAUUCAGUUGGAUUAUUUGUAAAUAAUUGACAAAAAGUUGUCAUGUUGAUACAAGUGGUAACCAUGGACCCUCUUACUAUCUUAACAAAAUCUGCUGAAGGAUAAAAAUAAACCCUUUAACUGCACUGUUCCAGUAAAGAGUGAGGAAGAGUCUGAUGAUGAUAGUGAACCAAGCCAAACCUGUAUCUAUCGGCAACACGUCAUCAUGACAACCAUCCUUUGUGUUCUGGGUGAACUCACCCUGUAACUUGACUUUGAGUAUGAGGAACUGCUGCUUAUCUCCUGUCAACAUCUGGGUGUUUAUACUUGCAGCACUUUGCUGAUGCAUUUCUUUAUGUUGACUCAUUCUGCUGGGGUUGUUCAACUUCUGACCUGUCCAAACAAAUUCUUAAAAGCCACUAUGAUGCACAUUAGCAUACGUC